AUGGCGUGGAACCAAAACAAUUUACCUACCGCCGCGAAGGCGUCCAAAGGAAUCAACGAUAUCGCAAAGUUAAUUGAGUAUCCUGCUGACUACGUUACUGAUUGGAAUAUUUUCGCUGUUAAAGGAACCACCCCACGAAUUGGGGUGGUACAAGUUCCAGUCUCGAACGGAAAAUUUGUAACCUUGAGGUUGCCAAUGGCGCAGUUCCUUUUCAAAACACUGGCGCUCUUCUUAGCUAUAGGUAGUGCCAUCUCACACAAAGCACGUUGCGAGGAGAGUUCUGAUUCUUCUGCUGAAACCAGCAGACGUCAAUCCACUUCUACCACGACUAUUUCUACCACCACACCUCUUUCCGUCAACACCACAACAAAUAUCACUACCACUACAACUAAAGCCCUGUCAUGCGAUGGUGUAAAAUGUGGAACCGAUCAGUCAUGCCAUAUGGUAGCUGAUGGAUGUGAAACGUGUACUUCGCCUCAAUGCUUGUACUCGGUCUGCAACACGCAAUGCUUCAACUGCGCUACCAAUGAAAAGUGUAUCCUCUUCACCGGAUUUUGUCCAAGAGUUCCCUGUGCUCGAAUGGGAGAAAUGGCAUCCAACGAUACAAACAAAAUCAUCGAGAUCAUUCUAAUAAUAUUCUUCCCGUGUGAUCUUUCAUUUUCGAUGAUGCCAUUUAUGUUGUUGUCGACCAUUCUACGGAUGAAUUGUCAUGUUAGGGUAAUGUCAUCGAUUCACUACAAGUUUCGAGCGACGUUGGAAUAUAAGACGCUACAGUUUGAUGGUCUACAUAUCACUGGCGCCGAUCUAAAAAAGGAGAUUUGUUCAAAGGAAGGGAUCAAGGCGGAGGCAUUCGAUCUUCUGCUGCAGAAUGCUCAUACAAAACGCAGCUAUACAGCAGAGGAGUUGAUUCCUCGUAAUUCUUCCAUCAUUGUUCAACGGGUUCCUAGAGAGGAUGCAGAAAAGCUGCCAAAAAUCCAAGGUGUCAACACUGGGGUCGUUGUGAGAGCUACUACGACGGAAAGUGGUUUCGCAGUUCCAGCUCAUAUGAAUCCGGAGGAAUUCGAAAAACUUUCCGAAGAGGACCAGAUUGCCCAUAUUAAAGAUGUUUCCACAGCUAAAUAUCACUCAAGCAACUUUCAAAAGAAGACUACAAACAUCAUGUCUGGACCGCCACCGCCUACCUACACAUGCAACCGUUGCAACCAACCUGGCCACUGGUACAAGAAUUGCCCAAUGUUGGCUACGAAGCGAACCACCGGAAUUCCUUCACAAGAACUUAUGGAGACUACUGCAGAGGAUCCGCUUGCUAUGUUGCACCCCUCUGGCAAACUCGUCGUGCCUAUAAUGCACUGGAAAGCCAGACAACACGCGAAAAAGGUGGUGGAGGAGGGACCUGUAGUGGAACGAGUACCACCUCCAGAACUGACUUGCCCGAUUUGUUCACAUCUUCUGAAGGAUGCUGUUCUCACUACUUGUUGUGGAAAUUCGUUCUGCGCAGAUUGCAUAUCUAACAAGCUGAUGGAAUCUCAAGACCGUCAAUGUCCGGGCAAGAAUUGCGAUCACAUGCAGGUAUCAGUGGAUGCAUUGGUACCCAACAAAUCAGUACGACAGGCAGCAGCAGCAUGGUCAAUGGGUGGCUCUGGACUAGGAAGUCAGGACCAGGAACACAUGCGAUUUAGAAUAGGUCUACAGCCAUCUGUGACUGUCUCAGCCGCUUCUACUCCUCCACAAACACUUCCUCCACCUGUUUCCCAGGCUUCGCAACCAACUGUCCCCGCAGUAUCAGCCCCACCUCAGGAUUCUGUACAAGCACAGAAUUCACCAACUCCGUUUGUUACUCAAACAACUGUUCCUGUCGCAAUGGCUUCGGUUCCGUCGUUCUCUCAACCACCACCGAAUAUGGUUCCUGUGGCGAGCUCAUCUUCAUCUGGCGAUUCUCUGUUGCCUCCGGGAACAUCGUCUAUUCCACCACCAACGAUUAGUUUGCCCUUAACAUCUAUACAAACCGCAAGUAGUCUACCACCUAUUCCUGGGGUCGGAUUGCCAAUUCAGCAUCAGUUGCUUGUCCCGCCGAGUGCCUCUUACAUAUACAACCAACCACCGCCUGCCAUGACUCUCGGUGCACCACAGCCGCAAAUUAUGGAUGCUUGGGACGCAUUUCUUCAUAGAAAGGAUCGUGAGCGGGAGAGACCAAGAAAGAGAGCUAGAAGUCGAAAUCGAUCGUCCAGCUCAACUCUAUCAUCCUCAUCUGCAGAUGAUCGCCGUCGGCGUCGUAAUCGUCAUGAGAAAGAUAAGCGGCGUGUUCACCGAAGUGACAAAGAGAAAGACAGGGAUCGUGGCCGGGACAGUAGAUAUCGGCACACCGACGAUAGGAGAGAUCGCGAUAGAGAAAGGAACAGAGAACGCGAUUGGGGUGACAGACAUCGAGAAAAUAGGCCUCCGCGAAGUGGUGCUCAUGCUUCUCGUAGAGAUGGAAAAGACGAGCCUUCGCUGCCAUCAUUGAUGGGUUUGGAUGUCACAACACCACCAAAUCUUGCCAGUAAGCGUGACAGGUCAAGAUCUCGGUCAAACACUCCCCAGAAUCAUCAAGCAGCGUUAUCAAAUGAUCGCAAAAAACGUAAGAAGAAGGAUUCUCGUUGGAAAUCAGACUCGAGCUGGCGUUCUCGCAAAGAUGAAAAGGACCGCAAAAAAGCGAAUGAUAGCGAAGAAGCAGCAAGAGAAAUCGCAGAUGAGGAAGCUAUUGACGGCACACUCAGAGAAGUCGCUGAGUUCGUUCGCGUUGAGGCCAACUGUGAUGAUGAUGGUAUAGAAUUCGAAUUAGAAGAGAUGGCUGCGAUGAAAGAAACGGCAACGGAAGCAGAAGAUGAGAAGAGCGUUACUGACACUGAACCAGCGGUUGAAGAGCCUUUUGAUACUGCUGUUGAGCAGUUGAGUGAAGCGGAUAACGAAGAACCAAUAGAGCAAAAAUCUGAGUCCGACGCCGUAGAUCGAAAGUCUGAGUCAGACGCUACCCUUGUGACCAAAGAAGACACUACGGAUAAGGACAAAGAUACAGUUGAAGAACAGAUUGAGGGAGAUGACGAAAGGAACAGUCGCAAAAAGGAUAAGAAACAUAAGAAGCAUAAAAAACAUAAAAGGAGCAGAGAACGUGAUGAUGAUGAUGGUAACGAGUCAAAGCACCGCCACAGAAGAAAAAAGGAGAAGAAAGAGAAGAAGGAGAAACGACGAAAAGAGAAGAAACAUCGACGAGGCAAAGAUCUGGAUCGAAGCGAUCACAGGGAGUCGAAUAAAGAAGAAGAAACCGAUGAAGGCCACAAAGCAGAGCGUUGUGCUGAUACGGGCGGGGAAAACAACGAGAAACAAGCUGAUUGCAAGGAGGAGCGGCGGCUAUUGGAAAACAGCACCCAAAAGAAGAAAGAUCUGCGUAAACAUGACGAGGUUGAACGACGCGAAAAUGACAAAAAACGUGAGGACAGGAAGCGUGGCGACACAAAGAAUGAUAGAGUCGGGAAGGAACGAGAGAAUCGCGAAGGAAGAAGAAGAGACCGAAGUCGCGAACGAGUUGAGAAGCACAGGGAUAGAAGUCAUGAGAGAUCUGAUAGGAAGAAAGAAAAGGAACUGGAAGGCAAGAGAAAAGGGAGAGACUCAAGUCGUGACCGGGAAUCCGAGGAAAAGCGCAAAGACUCCGACCGAAAAGGAGAUAGUAGAUUGAAGGGGAAGCCUGAAAAGGACUACCAAAAUUCUAUUUCUCGCAAGGAUUUGGAAAGACCACAGGAAGCCAACAACUCUGCUAACACUAAAGAAAAGCCUCCUAUCUCGCAGAUAAGCAUUUCGACUUCACAGGGCACCAUUAGAAAUAGCGAUGGUCAGUUGAAAGGUAUUGAUGAUCCGACUGCGUCAGCUAGAAAGCAUAAAGGAACCACAGAUGCGCUUGACAGUGAUGAACCUACACUGAAAAAGCAAAAACCAGAGGUUGCGACGUCAUCUCCUGCCAAGGUCAAACCAGCUCUUGCGUCUUUUGUCAAGUUUAAAGUAACUCCUCCCAGUUUGAAGAAAUCGGUUCCUCUUCUAAAACAACUCGGUGCGGGAGAUAAAGAGUCUACUGACAUGGAGGAGGAUAAAAGCAAGCUUUUACCCGAAGGCGAUGCCAACACAGAUCGACGAAUGCGAGAAGCAUUUUCACCCCCGAAGUUGCAACGCAAAAAGAUUACUUUGAAUCUGUAA